UGCUGUGAACUACACGUGAAAACAUUUCCCACGAGACAAACUCAAGGAAAUAUACUUUUAUUAUAGUUUAACCGGUUUUAUUUCACGUUUACGGUGGGUCUCCGUGAGUCUCCGUGAGUCUCCGUGUGUAUCGGUGCCAGAGCGGACUUAUUCGGCUCUUCCUCGGCUCUUCCCCGGCUCUCCUCGGCUCUUCCCCGGCCUGUCCUCACCCUCUCCCCGGCCUGUCCUCACCCUCUCCCCGUCAUGGUGCUGUUCUUGAUCGGUCUGGGGCUCGGGGACGCCCAGGACAUCACGGUGAAGGGUCUGGCCGCGGUGAAGCGCUGCUCCCGGAUUUAUCUGGAGGUUUAUACGUCCAUCCUCACCGAGGGAAAAGAGAAACUGGAGGAGUUUUACGGUAAAGAGCUGAUCCUGGCUGACAGAGACCUGGUGGAGCAGGGGGCGGAGGAGAUCCUGAGGGACGCGGACACUACAGACGUGGGCUUCCUGGUGGUGGGGGAUCCUUUUGGAGCGACGACCCACAGUGACCUGGUGCUGAGAGCGGUGCAUGCUGGGAUACCGUACAGAGUCAUUCACAACGCCUCCAUCAUGAACGCCAUCGGCUGCUGCGGGUUACAGCUGUAUAACUUCGGGGAGACGGUUUCGUUCGUGUUUUGGACCGAGACGUGGAAACCAGAAAGUUACUUUGACAAAAUCUGUAAAAACAGAGUCAUGGGUCUGCACACACUCUGCCUGCUGGACAUUAAAGUGAAGGAGCAGAGCAUCGAGAACAUGAUGAGAGGGAGGAAGAUCUUCGAGCCUCCUCGCUUCAUGACGGUGGCUCAGGCGGUAGAGCAGCUGCUGCAGAUCAUCCAGAGGAGACGAGAGGAGGGGGAGGAGCUCGGUAUGACGGAGGACACGGUCUGCGUGGGCGUGGCUCGCCUCGGCUCAGACGACCAGGUGAUCAGGGCCGCCCCCCUCCGUGAGCUGGCGUCAUGUGACCUGGGGGAGCCGCUCCAUUCGCUGGUGGUGACCGGGAGGCUCCACCCCCUGGAGCUGGACAUGCUCAAAGUAAACGCCCAGCAGGGGGCGCUGGACGGGGUCAAGAUGGCCGACAGCUCCACCUUCAUCUCAUAAACACGACGGGAAAUGUCAAAGAACUGUCGAAGUAAAAGGCACUAAAGGGUCAGAUGGACUAAAGUGGACACGUCUCGUCUUAUUUUUAAAUGUUGAUCAAGUUUAUAAUUUAAACAGCACGUGACGCACGACGAGGCAACGAGGUAAAGACGAAGUCACGCUAGAAUUAAACAAGACGUUCAAAAUGUGGCAAAUCAGAGUCAAAAUGGAGUCAAAAUGGAGUCAAAAUGGAGUCAAAAUGGAGUCAAAAUGGA